CCGCGCCGCCGUUUUCCUUUGCCACGGCCUGGUCGGCGCUGGCCGGAAAAUCCGAUCCGGUGUCGGCAAGGCUCGAGCGAUGGCAACUCUUCACUUCGGCCAGCCCUGCUCGACGUCGGCCGGGAACUUUUCCACUGCGUAGGCGCGACUCAUUCGUGGGAUUCCGGCGGCACGGGCGCGGCUGAGCUAGAGCAAUCCCUCGACUGGGCCGCGUACUGGCCGAUACUGGCAGACGAACGAGACAGCUUCCACAGAGGCGUAGGCGUACAUGUUGUUGCUGCUGGGGUCCACUCUGUUUCUGGACAAGAGUGGAAACAAGGUUUGGUCGGUGGUGAACCUCUUUUUUUUAUCCCUUCGAGCAGGUAUCUGAGUACAGUUGGACGUCAAGAACACUUGCUUGGUUGUACAAACAGCUUGGUUAGGGGUCUCGAGCUGGUGCUAGGGGGUUGCUGGUUAUCUCACACUUUUGCAGUGUUGGAUCUACAAUUACUGAGUCUCAAGCCAUCGCACUUCUAUCCAAUCGUCGUUGGAUCAGAUGAGUCUUGGGCUUCACGAUGGAUUGGGCUGCCGACACCAGCUUCUGUGGCUUAUCCUAGUGUGAGGUUGGUGUUCUACCGACAAGCUCUGGACAACUUGACCCCUGCUGAUGUGUGUUGGACACCUUUCCAUCAGCAACCUCACCAAGGCUGCCUCCACCGCUCCGCCAUAGAUCGUGGCUGCUGA